CCGGAGCGCGGCGGGGCGGCGGCUCGGCCCUGGGCAGCGCGGGGCAGCGCCGGCCGGGCCGAGGAGCGAGCUCUCCCUUCUCCAGCUCGCAGCCCUACUAACCAAGGUUUCAUUGAACUGCACCAGACCUCUCAUCUGGGGACCCUGCCCCUGCCCUUCCCGCUGCACGUUGGAUUUGGGAAUUUCCCUCAUGAAGAUGUAUAAGCUUCAGUUCUGAACCAUAGGAUAAUUUAAGGAGUAAUCAAAUUGACACUCAGGAAAUGCUUGUCUCCUGCUGUUGAUGAAUAAUUUCAGAGUACUAUGGAUCAUGCUGAAGAAAAUGAAAUCCUUGCAGCAAGCCAGAGGUACUAUGUGGAAAGGCCUAUCUUCAGCCAUCUGGUCCUCCAGGAAAGACUUCACAAGAAGGACAAGAUUUCAGAUUCCAUCGGGGAUAAGCUGAAACAGGCAUUCACAUGUACUCCUAAGAAGAUACGAAAUAUCAUUUAUAUGUUCCUGCCCAUAACUAAAUGGUUGCCCGCGUACAAAUUCAAAGAGUAUGUGUUGGGUGACUUGGUCUCAGGCAUAAGCACAGGGGUACUUCAGCUUCCUCAAGGGUUAGCCUUUGCAAUGCUGGCUGCCGUGCCUCCGGUGUUUGGCCUGUACUCUUCAUUUUAUCCUGUUAUCAUGUAUUGUUUUUUUGGAACCUCCAGACAUGUAUCCAUAGGUCCAUUCGCUGUUAUUAGCCUGAUGAUUGGUGGUGUGGCUGUUCGAUUAGUACCAGAUGAUAUAGUUAUUCCAGGAGGGGUAAAUGCAACCAAUGGUACGGAAGCAAGAGAUGCCUUGAGAGUGAAAGUCGCCAUGUCCGUGACCUUACUUUCAGGAAUCAUCCAGUUUUGCCUAGGUGUCUGUAGGUUUGGAUUUGUGGCCAUAUAUCUUACGGAACCCCUGGUCCGUGGGUUUACCACCGCGGCUGCUGUGCACGUCUUCACCUCCAUGUUAAAAUACCUGUUUGGAGUUAAAACAAAGCGGUACAGUGGGAUCUUUUCAGUGGUGUAUAGUACAGUUGCUGUGUUGCAGAAUGUUAAAAACCUCAACGUGUGUUCCCUAGGCGUCGGGCUGAUGGUUUUUGGUUUGCUGUUGGGUGGCAAGGAGUUUAAUGAGAGAUUUAAGGAGAAAUUACCGGCACCUAUUCCUUUAGAGUUCUUUGCGGUGGUGAUGGGAACUGGCAUUUCAGCUGGGUUUAACUUGCAAGAAUCGUACAAUGUGGAUGUCGUCGGGACACUUCCUCUGGGGCUACUACCUCCAGCCAACCCGGACACCAGCCUCUUCCACCUCGUGUACGUGGAUGCCAUCGCCAUAGCCAUUGUUGGAUUUUCAGUGACCAUCUCAAUGGCCAAGACCUUGGCAAAUAAACAUGGCUACCAGGUGGAUGGCAAUCAGGAGCUCAUUGCCCUGGGACUGUGCAAUUCCAUUGGCUCACUCUUCCAGACUUUCUCAAUUUCAUGCUCCUUAUCUCGAAGCCUUGUUCAAGAGGGGACUGGAGGGAAGACACAGCUUGCAGGUUGUUUGGCCUCACUAAUGAUUCUGCUGGUCAUAUUAGCCACCGGGUUCCUCUUCGAAUCAUUGCCCCAGGCUGUGCUGUCGGCCAUUGUGAUUGUCAACCUGAAAGGAAUGUUCAUGCAAUUCUCAGAUCUCCCCUUUUUCUGGAGAACGAGCAAAAUAGAACUGACCAUUUGGCUGACCACUUUUGUUUCCUCCUUGUUCCUGGGAUUGGACUAUGGUUUGAUCACAGCUGUGAUCAUCGCUCUGCUGACUGUGAUUUACAGAACCCAGAGUCCCAGCUACAAAGUGCUUGGACAGCUUCCUGACACUGACGUGUAUAUUGAUAUAGAUGCAUAUGAGGAGGUGAAAGAAAUUCCUGGAAUAAAAAUUUUCCAAAUCAAUGCCCCAAUUUAUUAUGCAAAUAGCGACUUAUAUAGCAAUGCUUUAAAAAGAAAGACUGGCGUGAACCCAGCACUCAUAAUGGGAGCAAGAAGAAAGGCCAUGAAGAAGUAUGCUAAGGAAGUUGGAAAUGCAAAUAUGGCCAAUGCAACUGCUGUCAAAGUGGAUGCAGAAGUCGAUGGAGAAGAUGCCACGAAGCCUGAAGAAGAGGAUGACGAAGUAAAAUACCCCCCAAUAGUCAUCAAGAGCACAUUUCCUGAAGAAAUGCAAAGAUUUAUGCCCCCAGGGGAUAACAUCCACACCAUCAUUCUGGAUUUUACACAAGUCAAUUUUAUUGACUCUGUUGGUGUAAAAACUCUGGCCGGGAUUGUAAAAGAAUAUGGAGAUGUCGGUAUUUAUGUGUAUUUAGCAGGAUGCAGCGCACAAGUUGUGAAUGACCUCACUCAAAAUCGAUUCUUUGAAAAUCCUGCCUUGAAGGAGCUGCUGUUCUACAGCAUUCAUGAUGCAGUUUUAGGCAGCCAGCUUCGGGAGGCGCUUGCCGAGCAAGAAGCCACCGCUGCCCCUCCGCAGGAGGACUCAGAACCCAACGCCACUCCAGAAGCUUAGAGGAGGAACCCAGCUGGGAUGGGGUACGAGCCUCUGGGAAAUUACUCACUUACCCAUUUUAAGUACUAGACACUAGACGUCCCCCCGCUAAGGGUAAAUGCUAGUAGUCAAGGCUUGAUUUGGAGGGUGAAUGACGCACAUAGCAAGAUAUAUCUUACUUGUGGGGUUUUUUUUAAUUGAAUUAUUUCAAAGAUAAAUUGUCCCUCUUGCCUGCAUUUACUGUGCAGUGACAUUCCUGUUACCCUUUAGUGUUACCUUUAUAAGCCGAGCGUUCCAGAAGUUAUUUCCUUUAAGUGCUUUACAUACCAAUCAUAUAUGCUUUCACCAGAUGGGUAGCAUCCUUACUUUGGUACUUGCUGGUGUACAGACUUUCUGUAAUCAGAGCUAACUAACAGAAGGGGCACACCCUCAGUUUUCUAGAAGUUCUUUAAAAAUAACCUUUUAUUACUGAAGAAGCAUUAUGAGUGCAAUAAAAAAGAAUAGAAAAAAUAAACAAAAGAAAAUAAAAACAUUAUAUUGCUACCAUUCAAAGAUUAUCACUAACACCUUAAGGCAUAUCCUUCCAGAUCUUUUUCUGUGCAUAUAUACUUACAUUUUUUAACCAGAGUAAGAUCAUAUUCUACAUAGUGCUCUGUAAGUCAUUUUUCAGUCAACAAUCCUUGUUUCCUCAUCUGGAAUACUUUUACCUCAGAUCAUAUUCAGGUUUCCCCAGUUGUCCUCAAAUUUAUACUUGGUCUGUCCAGACUAGUAUCCAUUCUGUGACCUACCACUACAAGUGGUCAUGUCCCUUCAAGUCCCUUAAGUCUAUCUUAAUCCAGUACAGUCCCUUUUAUGACAUUGAGUUGUUGAAGAGAGACUGGGGCAGUUGUCCUGUAGAAUCCCCAUUUUGUUCUUUCAAGGUGUUAUAUCGCUUGUCCCUUUAUUUCCUGAAUUACCUGUAAUCUAAGAGUUUUAUCUAAAAUCUUCAUGGAUUUGAAUAAAACAUUUUUUUUUUUUUGCUGGAAUAUAUCCUAGAUGAGACACAUGCUUUAAAUCUCAUCACAUCAGAAAACACAUAAUAUCUAGUUGCCUACCACUAAAUGAUGCUGAUAGCCUCAUCCCCCACCUACGUUUUCUCCAUUGUGACUUGUGAGUUUUCUAUCUGGUUUUCCUUUGGCAUUGAAUGAAUGCCCAGUUCCCAUUAGCCAUUCAGCCAGGGGUUUUAACAGUGAUAAUCCUUGCCUAAAUCAAUAAUUUUAUUAAGGCUUGAGAUUUUUUUUUUCCAUUUCUCUCAUUUCUUCAGCAUUUAUUAGUUGGUGUUUCUUUGUAAACUACAGCUAUCCCUCCUCAACCUGAGCUAUUUGGUCAUCCUUAAAUACAAUCCUUUCUUACUGGAAAGGCAGGUUAAAUGCUUUAUUUUUUCCAUUUAAUUAUCAACUUCAAAGUAAGGAGUUGGUUUAACAGGCAAUGACAUAGUAGACUCUUUUACAUUUCUCUUUUUUUCGGUGUAAUCAUAGGCUCAUGUAUUUUUACAGUUUUAAUGUUCCUCAGUCCAUUAUAAUUCUUUUUGGGGCUCAUUUGUCACUACUGUGACCAGUAGGCGCCCCUAGAACUUCUGUUGCUGCUAAUAGUAAAGUAACCUUAAAGACCAUGUAUUUAAGAAAGCUAAUUUCUUGGUAUAACUUAGUAUCUUCCUUGGAAGUCCAUAAUAGUUAUCAGUUAAUUCUUAUCAGACCCAGGGGGGGUAAGCCUAUGAAUGAGUAAAAUGCCUAUUUCAGGCACUCUUCAUAGUUGUUCAAGUGGGGGGAGAACUUUAAGCCAAUUCAUCAUCAAAAAGGUCUUGCUCUUGUAGUUCUAAGUACUACCUCACUCCAAAUCAAAGCACAAGUAUUAGCCAACCUGCCUAAAGCCUCCUCUGCCGAGAUUUCCUGCUAACAGUCUGUUUUUCAAGUAUGUUUUCUUACUGACUUCUUUUUAGUUUUCAUAAAGAAAACACUGCCAGGAGAAAAGUGGGCAGAUCCCAGGAAAGAGUCGUGUUAGCAUGGGUCUAACUCCAACCAAACCCUAUGGUUUGUUUGCUUUAACUCUCAGAUUUUGCAGUGACUUUACUAAUUUACUAAUUCAAUGCAGUCAUUGCAUUGACUUUAGCACCUGUCUUCAUCAAAUGCUUUACAUAAAUUCACAUCCUAGCUGUUGAUAGAUUGAAAGUAGGGUACAAAAAAUAGUAUUUAUCUGUAUUUACAGAUUUGUAUUUAACUUUUCUGUUCCUUAAUUUUCAACCAAUUUUGAAUAGAUUUUUACCAUGUACAUAAAAAGCACUGAAGUCUUAAGGAAAGUUUUUUGUUUGUUUGUUUCAGUGAGCCUCUGAGGAUGUAAGAAUGCAUUUCAAAAUGUUUUAUCUAUAUGUAAAUAUGUUGGAAUGUUUUACUUAAAAUCAUUUAAUAUAGUAGAAAAUUUCCUGACCUUUUUUACUUUAAGUUUGCCUCUUUGUUCUUCUUUCUGGAGCUCAAUAGCCAGUAGCAUGUGCUUCCUAUGUGUCUCAAACCCUGGUUCAAAUUCAGUCUCACUGCCCUGUCAAAAUGAGCAUAAUCCACAAUGAUAGAUCUAGGGACUUGGUUGGUCUUAUUUUAUGGCAAUAUGGGAGAGCCCUGUCUUCAGGAAGGUCCCAUAUAGAGAAGUUGUCUUUCUAAAAUCCUACAUGAUAGGAUAGUGGUUGAUUUCUGCCUCGUGGAUGGAUGGAAUAUGUAAAGAAUUGUGAACCAGGGCCCAGAAAAUUAAUUCAUGUCAUAGAUAUGGACUCUGUAUAAUGGCAGCUUAUAGUGGGAUCCCAUUUGCCAGUCCCAUCUGCAGUGGGACUCAGAGAAACAAGGAUAUGAAUCCUCUGCAAGCCCUGGGAGUUCACUUUAUAGCUUUCAGGUAACCCCUAACACCCCUAUAGUUUUCAGGUAACUCCGUGUGGUUUGAUCCUGUAUUCUUACCUAUUUAACAGAGAAAGGAGGUACCUGCCUCCAAAGGUACAUUUUGAGAAAAUGAGUCUUCCCUGGUGUGUGCGUGGAGUGGGUAACAAACCCAAAGAAUCUGCCCUGGAAUGGGUAGGUGUUUUUCUGUUUUGGGGGAUGUGGGGAUGGGGUGGUGUAUGCCCUUGCGGAGGCUGAGGGAGAGGGAAGGGAGUAUGUAAUGUGGUAGGGAAGGCUUGAUCUGUUAUGUCUGCCCCUUUAAAGAUAGUAAUCAACUUAAAAUUAUCAGAUCACACAAAACUUCCUUGGUGUGAGCCUGUGCGCUUUGAGUGUAAAAAAUGCUGUUGGUCCUUUUUAGUGUACCUUUCAGGAAUGCUUUUAGGAGUCCAUAUAUUUAGAUUUGUGAUAAUAUGGUUUGAGUGUAGGUAAAAGUUGGGUUGAGAAGUGACAGAAGUACCUACCUUAAUUCUCCAAAUAGCCAGCCAAAAUGCAUGGGAGGGUUUUGAAACCGCUCAAAUCCCAACAACAGAAUGUUCAAGAGCUUAGCAUUGUAGCAGGUAACCUGCCUGCUUAUGGACUUGGAUUUAAUGAAGCCUGAGCAUCUCAAAAAUUUAUCUGCCUUUGAAAAAAAAGGCACACCAGGCUCCUCAUUUCACUUUAUGUAACAGAUGAACCUGAGCUUUGUGGAAAUUACAUUUUUACAAAUCCAUCACAUUUUUACAGUGUUUUUUAAAAGUAUUUUCUAAAGAGCACUACAGCAUUUUUCUAGAGUAAUCAACUCUUUGUGUUUUAUCAGCACUGAUUUAUGUAUGACAUACACGUGUGCCCAUACACACGCAUAUACACAUGUAUACAUACACACACGUAUUUUAGGUGGGGGGGGGGUUACCAGCGAGUGUGUAUUUUAUCUUUUAAAAUGGGAUACAAAGAUGUUAAUCUAGAUACGGUUGGGCAGAAACACCCAAAUUUUUCAAAUAAUUGUCGGUUUGAUGUGUGGUCAGUUAGAUUUUCAGCAUGUAACUGAGAUGUCAAGAUUCUCCAGAGUCUAGAAUAUGUUAGGCCUGAGGGAGCUCAAGACAUCCUCCAGUGUGAGUUAUCUCAAAUUGGUGCAUGGAAGUAUGGGGCUACGUGAAAACAUGGUAAGACUUCAAACAGCGUGAUCUAAAUGCUUGUUCCUCAAAAUAUUACAAAAACGUACAUCUUCAGUUAUUUACCUGAGUAUUUUAUUAUAUGCAUAACACCUAGAAAGGGUUCAUCCUAUUUCAUACCUCACGAGAGACCAGGGCAGGCUUGGAAAAAUUUUUCUGAUCAACUUCGCAAAAAAGAAAAAUGGAAGACAGAAAAGAAUGCUGGUUGGAUUUUAUGAACGAAGAGCUUUCAUUUUUCUCUUUGAAAAUGUUCAUAUUUUAAAUACUUCAACUCAAUACUCAAAGCAUUAUGUUGUCGACUUUUUCUUUGAAUUAAAAUGUAUCCAGCUCUUGCUAUUUUGCAUUACUCAUGAACAUUGAACUGCAAUAAAAACAGUCUUUAUGGUG